UUGGUGAAUUAGUUCAGCCUUGGAAAGAAAUUGUUCAAAUAAUACUGAAUCAGGUGUUUUUCUAUAUUGCUGAAGAUAUUGACAGAAAUACAUUUGAAGUAGAUAGUGAGAUUAUACCUCAGUUACCAAGUGCAUCAAAGAAGUUAAUUGCAUUAAAUAGAGAUGCAUAUAAAUCGCAGCCCAAAGAUAUUUAUACAUCGUUGAAAAGUUUAGAUUCUGAAACAAGUUGGCCACAUUUACAUUUUUCAAGUCAAAAUGUAGAAGACAGAUCGGAGCAUAAUAUUUUACUCAUGCUUCUACCUGGUGUGCCAGAAUUGUCUAAAGAACAAUUACUAGGGUUAAAUAAUUCUCUAGUAAAUCAAUCUAAAGUUCUUUUAACAGCAAGACAAAAUCCUUCUGUUAAAUAUGGUUCAUUUAAUGUUCAAUUGUUUGCAAAUGAAACAGUUGUGGGAUAUUCCAGGUUGAAACCUGGAAAUCCUGGCUUAAUAGUUCUGUACAAUACAGAGCAAGAUACGUCGACUGUUAAUUUGGAACCUUUAUUAGGGAAGGUAGAAUCCGUAACAGUAAUGUUAUUGAGCAACAAAUAUAAUGAAGAAGGAGUCACUAUAAAAGGUACGCUGCCUGCAUCAACAGUGCCUAUUUCUCCUAGAGCAGCAAUAUUGCUAUCAUAUAUUUCCAGCAUCCGAAAAUUAAAAUCUAUAUUGGAUUUUAAAUGCUAG